UUGAGGCAGCAGCUCUGCACUCAUCCGCCGAAGUGGGUGAAAUACGGGCAGGAAGAGGGGAAGCGGCGGAGCAGACGCGUCGGGCGCGCAGAACGAGCACCAUGAGGGAGAUCGUGCACAUCCAGGCUGGUCAGUGUGGAAACCAAAUUGGAACCAAGUUUUGGGAAGUGAUCAGCGACGAGCACGGGAUUGACCCAGCCGGAGGCUACGCUGGUGACUCAGCCUUGCAGCUGGAGAGGAUCAGCGUCUACUACAAUGAAUCAUCCUCCCAAACAUAUGUACCUAGAGCAAUUUUGGUGGACCUGGAACCUGGAACCAUGGAUAGUGUGCGAUCUGGCCCUUUUGGACAACUCUUUCGACCUGAUAAUUUUAUCUUUGGACAAACAGGUGCCGGAAAUAACUGGGCCAAAGGACAUUAUACCGAAGGAGCAGAACUUGUAGAUUCAGUGCUCGAUAUUGUGAGAAAAGAAUGUGAACACUGUGAUUGUUUGCAAGGAUUUCAGCUCACUCAUUCUCUUGGAGGAGGAACAGGUUCUGGGAUGGGUACGCUUCUCAUCAGUAAAAUUCGAGAGGAAUAUCCUGAUAGGAUAAUGAAUACCUUUAGUGUCAUGCCAUCUCCCAAAGUGUCUGACACUGUGGUAGAACCAUAUAAUGCCACACUCUCAGUCCAUCAGCUGGUUGAAAAUACAGAUGAAACCUACUGUAUUGAUAAUGAAGCACUGUAUGAUAUUUGCUUCCGUACUUUGAAGCUUACCACUCCAACAUACGGAGAUCUGAACCAUUUGGUGUCCGCUACAAUGAGUGGGGUCACGACAUCACUGCGUUUUCCUGGCCAACUAAAUGCAGAUUUGCGCAAGUUGGCAGUAAAUAUGGUUCCAUUCCCACGCUUACACUUCUUUAUGCCUGGAUUUGCUCCCUUGACUGCUCGAGGAAGCCAGCAAUACCGAGCUCUCACAGUCCCAGAGCUCACUCAGCAGAUGUUUGAUGCAAAAAACAUGAUGGCAGCCUGCGACCCAAGACAUGGACGAUAUCUGACAGUGGCCACAGUCUUCCGAGGUCCCAUGUCCAUGAAAGAAGUUGAUGAACAGAUGCUGGCCAUCCAGAACAAAAACAGUAGCUACUUUGUGGAAUGGAUCCCAAAUAACGUCAAAGUGGCAGUUUGUGAUAUAGCACCCCGUGGCCUCAAGAUGGCCUCUACCUUUAUUGGAAACAGCACUGCCAUUCAAGAGCUCUUCAAAAGAAUUUCAGAGCAGUUCUCUGCCAUGUUUAGGAGAAAGGCUUUUCUUCACUGGUUUACUGGUGAAGGAAUGGAUGAGAUGGAAUUUACAGAAGCAGAAAGCAACAUGAAUGAUCUUGUCUCCGAGUACCAACAGUACCAAGAAGCAACAGCAAAUGAUGGAGAGGAAGCAUUUGAAGACGACGAGGAAGAAAUUAAUGAAUAAAGUUAAUAUAAUACUUAAGUCUGAAGUGCUUGCUGUAGUGCUAUUCUUUUCCAUAAUAGUAUCAUAGAGUUUAAUUUUCAGAGACUAGGUAAAUCUGGCUGCGGUUUUGUUUAGAGUGGAUCACGAGUGCUUUGUACGAAAUAUGAAGCUAACAUUUCUCCUGAUUUAUUUUCUUGCUCAAUGGUGCUGCAAGGACAAGACUUUAACGCAAAAAAUCAGGCUCAAAUUCAACAGACUGAGCAUUAUUCCCCUCAUAUUCACUGGGUUGGCUGAACCUGUUUUGAAACAGUGAUGUUAGACUCUUGCCCAUUUAAAAGUGGGGUCAUAAGCAUAUUAAGUCGUGUCUAAAUUACUUAGGUCCCCCAGUUAUAUAAUGUAGGCACUAGACUUAAUAGGCUUAUGAGUGUACCACUUUUGGCUUAGCACAUAAAUAAGAUAAAGGAUGUACUGAAAUAAAUAAUUGUAUCCAGCUCCUCGAAAGGAAUGGAGAUUUUUCUUUUAAGAAAGGGUUGUAUCGUAUUGUUUCCCCCACCCGCAACUGCGAAUCUAAACAAUUAAUUUACACUGCAAUCCUAUGCACGGUUACUUGAAAGUAAAUGUUUGAUUCUGAAUGGGAUUUAUAUCCAAGCAAAUGUGUUUUCAGAAUUGCAGUGUUACUGAGUCUUUGUUCUUUUGUACCAAGCAUUCAGCAGAGUUGUUGGGAAGAAACUCCAUUAAUUAAAAAAUAAUUUAAAAA